AUGGAAAAAUUAGUGCUUGCGCUACUACACGCCUCCCGAAGGCUACGCCGAUACUUUACAGGCCAUGUGAUCACAGUACUAACUAACUUCCACAUCGGCAUGAUCUUGCAAAAACCAGAAACCUCAGGCCGCUUGGCAAAAUGGGCAAUCGAACUUGGAGGCCACAACAUUUUGUAUAGGCUGCACCCAGCCAUCAAGGGCCAAGUUUUAGCAGAUUUUAUCACAGAGGUACCCGAGGACAAGUUCAAAAAGUGCGAGGCAGUAGAUACUCCCAUCAAAGACACAACAGAUGAGCUAUGGCUACUGUUCACUGACGGAGCCUUAAAUGAAGACGGCGCAGGAGCUGGUUUGCGCCUCGUCAGUCCAGAGAAGCAUGAGUUUACCAACGCCAUCAAGUUGGAUGCCAAAAAUACCAACAACGACGCAGAAUAUGAAGCAUUCUUGGCAGGCUUGCGCCUGGCCAUAAAAAUGGGAGCUCAAAAUCUACAAGCGCAUGUAGAUUCUCCUCUGAUCGCGAGUCAGAUUAAUGGAUUGUAUGAUGCGAAGGGCGAAGUAAUGGCUUUGUACUUGGAACAAGCGAAAGAACUACUCCAGAAGUUCAAGUCAUACAAGGUUGUUCAUAUCAACAGAUCAGAAAACAAACCAGCCGACGAGCUAAGCAAACUCGCUUUAAUAACUUUUCAACACCUGGCCAAGGAUGUAAGAAUUGAAGUUCUGAAAAACCCAUCAGUGUUAUUACGCCAGGUGAAUGUGAUUGAGUUAGGGCCACCAUCUUGGAUGACCCCUAUCAUCCAGUAUCUGCAAGAAGGAAUUCUCCCUGAAAACAAAGCAGAGGCAAGGAAGAUACAGAACAAAGCAUUGUUCUAUGACAUGAAUGGUGGAAUUUUGUAUAGAAGAUCCUCCUUAAGGCCACUACUGCGCUGUGUGGACCCUCAAGAUGCAACUUACCUGAUUAGGGAGAUUCACGAAGGCAUCUGCGGCAUUCAUGCGGGCCCGUGCAUGGUCGUAGCAAAGAUAAUGAACGCUGGUUACUACUGGCCAGGGAUGCACGUUGAUGCUCUAAAGGAGCUGCGCAAAUGCGACUCCUGUCAAAGGCACGCCCCAAAAACCCUGCGCCCAAGGAAUGAUCUUAUCCCUGUGUCCAUUGCCUGGCCUUUCCAGCAGUGGGGGAUUGAUAUGGUGGGACCUUUCCCUAAAGCUCCUGGAGCCGUCAAGUUCAUAAUCGUUGCCGUCGAUUAUUUCACCAAAUGGGUGGAGGCCAAGGCUCUCGCUUCAACCACUGCAAUGAUGGUGCGCAAAUUCAUAUGGGAACACAUCAUUUGCAGAUUUGGUCUCCCCCUCAAGAUCGUAACCAUUAAUGGCACCAAUUUUGCUUCUAAAGACCUUCAAGAAUGGACGAAAGAGAUGAACAUCGAGCACACUUUCUCUUUCGUCGCGCACCCUCAAGAGGCGGUUAUCCCAGCUGAGAUAGGCCUCCCCUCGCCACGCUUGUCAGCGAUCAACAAAAUUGAUAACGAGGCAGAGCGCCGUUUAGACUUGGACCUACUCGAAGAGAGGCGCGAAAUAGCGUGA